AGUCACACGGCCACUCUGCUACCAGCUGUUUGGUUAUGUCAAUUACGUAUUUUUGGUUUUAGCCGCUGAUCAACAAAAUAUAAUGCUGCAAAUCACCAAGCUGUGCCUUGCCACUUCAAGCAAAAUCAUUGCCCAGCGGUAUGUCGCUGUCACCGCCACUCGUGCCAUUGACCAGAAAUGGCGUGAAGACAAGGGGCUUCCAGAGAAUCCAAAUGCAUUCGGGCCACUUACCAAUUUGCCCGACUACACGUUCCUUGAUGGACGACCGACGCCAUUGGGUUCCAACCAGAAUAAACGCCUGCUGAGGCAACAAGAGAUCGCCACCAAAAUCGUCGAGCUGAGCGGCGAGCUGGAGUUUGCGAAGCAGCGGCACGAACGCCAGAGAAUCGCGGCUGCCACAGAGAAGCAGCGCAUCAUCGAGAACAAAUUGAAGCCCAAGGGACAUCUGAUGCUGAAGCAGAAAAAGUAGCAUCAUAUUGUUUCCGCAUGUUACUUGUUAUAAGCUAUACUAAGUUGCCUAGUGAAUGAAACCGAAACAC